CCCCCUACCCCACACCCCGCCCCUGGUAGCCCUGGUCGCCACUCCUAGAAGACAGCGGAACCCAGAAAAGAAGAGGCUCGUGGACAGAAAAGUCAUGUUGGAGAAACCGAUGUUCGGGGAAGGGGGCAGGGCUGAGGCCAGGCGACUCUGCUCUUACUGGGCUCCUCCGGCAGUCCGACUCCCUGGUGGUGUGCGAGGUGGACCCAGAGCUAAAGGAAAAGCUGAGGAAAUUCCGCUUUCGAAAAGAGACAGACAACGCAGCUAUCAUAAUGAAAGUGGACAAAGACCGGCAGAUGGUGGUGUUGGAGGAAGAAUUUCAGAAUAUUUCUCCGGAGGAACUAAAAAUGGAGUUGCCAGAGAGACAGCCAAGGUUCGUGGUUUACAGCUACAAGUAUGUGCACGCUGAUGGCCGAGUGUCCUACCCCUUGUGUUUCAUCUUCUCCAGCCCCGUGGGCUGCAAGCCCGAACAACAGAUGAUGUAUGCAGGGAGUAAAAACAGGCUGGUGCAGACAGCAGAGCUCACAAAGGUGUUUGAAAUCCGCACCACUGACGACCUCACCGAGGCCUGGCUCCAAGAGAAGUUGUCUUUCUUUCGUUGACCUCGGGGCUGGAAACCUGAUUUCCUGAUGUCUGAGUCCCCUCUGGGGACCCCUAGGAUCUGAACAUCUGAAACCUUAAAGGAAUUAAAAUGCAAGAACUCAAGAGA